AUGUCGACCAGCCCCGUCGAUGCCGUGCCAUCGGAAGCAAAAUAUUCAUAUCAACCUAUUACCAUUAUUCUCAUAGUUAUUCUUCUUAUUUUCUUCUUUCUUGGUUUUUUCUCCUUAUAUUUCUCUAGGUUUUUCAUACAAAAUAUAGUGUACACAUGGCACCUCCGGCAUAGUCCCACCGGAACUCCGGUCAGAGGGCCGACCGCCUCUGUAACCGCCACUAAUGGGCUUGAUAUAUUGAUAAUACAAUCUUUUCCUACUUUUACAUAUUCAACCGUUAAAGAUCAUAGAAAGGAAAAAUAUGGCUUGGAAUGUGCAAUUUGCUUGAUAGAGUUCAUAGAUGAGGAUUCACUUCGCCUUUUGACAUCAUGUUGCCAUGUAUUUCAUCAAGAGUGCAUUGACCUCUGGUUUGAAUCACACAAAACUUGUCCCGUCUGCCGUCGCAACCUCAACUUGCCGGACGAGUCUCCUGCGAAGUACUCUCCAGUGUCCAUCCACGGCAAUGCCAUCAAUGAAACCACUCAAAAUGAGGCAUUACAAGAUAGCUUCACCAUCACAAUAAAGGAUGACAAUGAAGAUGCAAAAAGAGUGAGUUUUAAAGGUGAAAAUUUUGAAGUAGAGAAUAAGGCAGAAAUAUUUUGUAGAUCACAUUCAACUGGGCAUUCAAUAGUUAGGAAUAAAGAAAAAGAACAAGAUAAGUUUAGUUUGAGAUUACCAGAAAAUGUGAAAACAGAAAUUAUGAGAGGACAUAAUUGGAGCAAAAGCUGUACAACUUUCGGAGAUUACAGAAGUAAAUCAGCCACCGGCGAUAGAAGUCUCGGCGAGGCUUCCGGUGGAGACAACACCAAAGGAUAG